AUGGUAAAUGUACAAGAGAUUAUUAGUAUCAUAAUUCGAGUACUUGAAACAAUUCUUGCAAUUAUUGCAUUGGGGUUAGCUGGAGGGUUUACAGCUGACAUUUCACUUGGUAGAGUCAUCUUUACAAUAGUUACCGCAGCUGAGAGUUUGGUUUAUCUUGGAUAUGUUGAAUUCUUGGUGCCUGUUGCUUUCAAAGGAAAAAACAUUUCAACGUUAGUUUUCUGUUGUGAAGUGUUAAAUACGCUUCUAUAUUUGGUUUCGUGGGCCAUAAUUGCAGGCGAUUUCCCACUGGAUUGCAAUAAUUCUUCUUGGGGGAAAUCAAAUUGUCAAAUCUACCAGGCAAUUUUACCAUUCACACUUUUGAACUGGUUGUUAUUCAGUAUAAGUUUUGGUUUAUUUCUUGGAUUUAGCUAUAUUCCAGAAAUCCAAAGGUUUAGUGGAGCUCACACAUUAAAACCUACAAAAUAUUAUUGGGGUUCCAUAUUUAUAGACUUGCCUUCAGUUGCACGUCAGUGCUGUGGUUUACUCUUGUACCAAGCAAAUGUUGACAAAAACGCACUUGGAGAAGACCCACAUAAGAGCUCGACUGUUAGUGCCACAAGUCCACGCGAUCAAGAAGCUAAUGCAGGUAUUAUUAGAGAUGCAGAUGAUCCACCAGCAGAGACUGCCAGUUCAAAAGAUGCGGUUACUGCUGGUACUAAUACUAGAUGA